AUGGAGGUGGAGGUGGCAGUGGUGGUGGUGGAGGUGGAGGUGAAGGUGGUAGAGGUGGUGAUGGUAGUGGUGGUGGAGGUGACUCUGAUGGUGGCGGUUGUAAUGGUGGAGGUGGUGGUGGAGGCAAUUGGUGGAGAUAAUGAUGGUUAUGACAGGGUUGGUAUUGCUAAAGGUAAUGGAUAUGAUAAUAGUGGUGGCAGUGGAUAUGAUGGAGGUGGUGACAGUGGAGAUGAUGUAGGUUGUGAAGAUGAUGGAGGUCGCAGAGGUGGUGGUGGUGAUAGCAACGGUGAGAAAGAGUGGAAGUGGCGUGGCAGUCCUUGUGACCGUGGUGGUAAUGGUGGUAGUGGUGGAGGUGAUGAAGGUGAUGGAGCUGGUGGAGGCGGUGAGAAUGAGCGGUAG